AUGUUGGCCUCUAUCAGCAGGCAACCUAUAACUCUAGAGGACACGUUAUCUAAAGCCUUGAUAGGUGUAGUCAUGUGGCGGGAUGCACUUUCAGGCCUGAAUACUUCAUACACCUCCAUCCUUCAUAAGGACUAUCGAGUUCUGUUAUCCGAUUCAGAAAUCUAUACCGACCUAGAAAGUCUUGUUGCCUGCAAAACUUGGGUGAUCGUUAUUCUUUUGGAUAUUUGGUCACUUCGAGACCUCAAAAGAGCAGCCAGCACCUCAAGCAAACUCAGCCAUUGGAACCUAGAUCGUGGAGCAGAGCUCAUCAGAUUGAGAUUGACGGAGAAAAUGAACGUUCUGUCUCAGAUCAUCGCUGAACAGGACAGUCGAACGUUCGAUAACUUCAAUUCGACUACCCUGACGCUGAAGUCACCUGAUCGUGAUGUGCAUAUUAUCACUAAAAGCGCAGGCCUGGCCGAUAUCUCUUUCCUAUUUUAA